AUACGUCGUCUCGCGUCCCGCAAAGGCUGAUUUCCAACAUGUCGAGCUUGGACAAGUGUGCGACCUUAGAAAGGUACUCACGUCUUGAGCCUGUGACGCUCGGUGUUGCGCAGUGUUGCGCAGUCUUACGCUUACUCAGCAAACAAAAAUGAAAUGGAUACAAAUGAAUUCAUUUCGACAUUUUCGAAUUCACGCUUCAGAUUUUUCGAAUCGGUUUGAAUUUAAAAAUAAUAUAAUAUGGUUUUCUGAUACGCCACAACAACUUUUCGGUCUGAACGAUGGUCGACAAAUUUCCAAGUUAAAUGAAAACGUUAUGGAUAUAAUGCAGUACAAAAUUCUAUCAUAAGAGUAUCAUACACGCACACAGCUCCCUACACUCUGAAUUUAUAUCAAAUAGAAACUCUACUUUUAUCCAAAGGAUCCAAAAAGAUGGACAACGAUAAUGAGCAAUCUUCCCAAAUUACCAUUGAUUCCAUCGAAAGAAAAAGCGAGAUCGAUGUGGCACCCACACCUUCAGUAACAGAUGUCACUGAUGAAGAAUAUAUUCCCUCAGCAUCAGUGGAAACUGUUUCCGAUAUUGAGCGUUAUCAAUUAAUCGGCAAUAUCAGUGUUAUCAAUCAAUUGGAAGUUAAUCAAGAGAUACUUUGCAUCUGCUAUACGGAAACUUACGACUUUUUGGCGGCAGGACUGACAGAUGGGAAUAUAAAACUUUACAAAGUUAGCUCAGGAAGAAACACGCAUAUUUUAUGCGACGCGGAGAUAAUGCAAAAUCCGGCUCCGGUGACCGCUGUAAAGCAUCGACCAGUACGCAGAUCACACCCGAUCACUCGUACUCUGAUAGCGACUUAUGCCAAUGGCUGCGUUAAAUGCUGGCAUUAUCCAACUGCACAAUGCCUUUAUACGAUACGGGAAAGCCGGCAGACGCUUGGUUUGGCUUAUCAUCCACAAUUACCGAAAUUUGUCACUGUUGGCGACGAUGCAAAUUUAUAUUUAUAUGAUGAAGAAACAAAAACACAGGAAAGAGUGUUUCACGCAAGUGACUCGCCGGACGUCAUGGAUGGUCAUAAAUCCAGAGUCUUUAGCGCCUGCUUCAACCCCAAAUCUGCGUAUGAGAUCAUAAGCGCUGGCUGGGAUGACACCAUCCAAUUCUGGGAUAUCAGACAAGCUCAUUCUCUUCGAUUUAUAUCCGGUGUACAUAUGUGCGGGGAUGGCCUAGAUAUCAGUAGAAAUGGAAAAGAGAUCCUUACUUGUUCCUGGCAGAAGAACAAUCCUAUACAAUUAUGGGACUACAGUAGCGGCAAAUUGAUCAUCAGUUUGGAGCCAGACAGUUACUCCUCUUUAUUGUACGUUGGAAAAUACGUAACAAAUAUGUACAUUGCAUGCGGUGGCUGCGACACUAAUCUCAUCAGAAUUGUUGAUUUACGAUCUCAGUCUACUAUAGCUAUGAUGAAAUACUUCAAAGGUGUGUAUAGUUUGGACGUCGGCCCAUUAGCAUCGAAGUAUAGUAAACGGAUUCUUCCAAAGAUUGCGUUUUGCGCUGGAACAACCAUUUUUGAAAUAGACGCACAGCCUAGUUGAUUGAUUUAUGCUAUACACAUGUUUGUUACGCAAAUGUAUAUAAUUUUGCAAUUUCCAUAAUUAUUCUGUCUCAAAGUUUGCAAAAAAAUAUAUUAUUAUUUAUUUCACAUGUGCUUUCCAAAGUAUAACUAGCUAAUGAUUGUUAAUAUAACGUUUGUAAAUAGCUAUAAGAUUUUGAUAAGUCUAUUUUUUUGAUAAUCAUCGUAAAAUAGCGAUUCUUUAAAAAAAAUUUAUAUAGCAAAGUGAUAUUUCAUAUUGUGUAUAAUAUGUAAUGUUCGUUUUAGAUUGACAUGGUUUAAUUGUUUUCUAUAACAAAUUAAAAUAUGAUGUAGUAUACAUAACAUACUGUUAAAGAUAAAAUAAAAUGAUAAGAGGAAGAAAGAUGAUAAUAAAUACUAAUUAAAUAAUUGAUUAUUUUCUUCAUCUUCAAUAAGAAUCUUCCUCGAAAGCAAUGACACGUGCACUCAAGCAAUAAACAAUGUAUUUUAUUUAAUACAAACUAUAGUACAAAAUUUAUACAGAACAACGUACGGCUUUAUCAUCAUUUCUCAUAUGACAGCAAGUUCUCGUAUCGAGCGAACGCACACACUUAAGCAAGACUUAAGAGACGAAGGGGCGGAUUGGAGCGAUUGAAGGAACGGGGUAUGAGGGAUCAAGGGACAAUCACUAAAACUGAGCACAUCGAUUUGUGACAAUAUAAACUUACUUGACACGAGCAAAUUCAUCGGUUGACAAGCGACACGGUGUAGAAAAAGAUUGCUCGCGCACAAACACGGUGAGAGAGCAGAAAGCGCAUCGCAAUUUUUUUUUUUAAUUAUUUUUUCCUCAGUACUCGCGCCGUAGACGACACGUCCUGUUUCGUAAUACUUUCGCGGCGAUUAGGUGAUCGGAUAUCCGAUCCACAUCGGAUUCCACACGGGAAUCACUGGAUAUCUUAUGCAUUCAAAUAUACUCCAAACUUACGCUGGGAAACAUUCGAGACUUUGAAACGUCACUCCUCGCAACUCUCGCACAUAAAAGAGGGGACGAGUCACCUCCGGCUGCGAAACAUCGCAGAGGAAAAAAAAA